AUGGCGUCUUCAAGCACCCAACAUACCCACAUCAUUGAGGUUAAUGCAGGCAAAUCCGUUGAAGAAAGCUCAACAAGUGGCGCAAGUAAAUCCUGUGGAGAAGCACCUUGUGGCUUCUCAGAUCUCAACAAUGCUUCCGGUGAUGCCCAAGAACGCAACGCUUCCAUGAGGAAGCUCUGUAUCGCCGUGGUGCUAUGUCUUUUGUUCAUGACCGUUGAAGUCUUUGGUGGCAUCAAAGCUAAUAGCUUGUCUAUUCUAACCGAUGCAGCACAUCUUCUCUCUGAUGUAGCUGCCUUUGCCAUCUCCUUGUUCUCCUUGUGGGCUGCUGGCUGGGAAGCUACUCCUAGGCAGACUUAUGGGUUUUUCAGGAUUGAGAUUCUUGGAGCCCUUGUCUCUAUCCAGCUCAUUUGGCUUCUCACUGGUAUUCUUGUCUAUGAAGCCAUCAUCAGACUUCUUAGCGAGACCAGUGAGGUUAAUGGGUUCCUUAUGUUCCUUGUUGCUGCGUUUGGGUUACUUGUGAAUAUCAUAAUGGCUGUUCUGUUAGGGCAUGAUCAUGGUCAUAGUCACGGUCAUGGCCAUGGUCAUGACCAUCACAGCCAUGGGGUGACUGUUACCACCCACCACCAUCAUGAUCAUGGAGAGGACACGCAUCAUCACGCUCAUGGGGAUGUUACUGAGAAAUUAUUGGACAAAUCAAAGCCGGAUAAAGAGAAGAGAAAGAGGAACAUCAACGUCCAAGGAGCUUAUCUUCAUGUCCUUGGUGACUCUAUCCAGAGCGUUGGUGUUAUGAUUGGUGGUGCUGUCAUUUGGUACAACCCGGAAUGGAAGAUUGUUGAUCUGAUCUGCACUCUUGUCUUUUCGGUUAUUGUCUUGGGAACAACCAUCAACAUGAUUCGAAGCAUUCUUGAGGUGUUGAUGGAGAGCACACCUAGAGAGAUUGACGCUACAAAGCUUGAAAAGGGUUUGCUGGAAAUGGAAGAAGUGGUGGCUGUUCAUGAGCUUCACAUUUGGGCUAUCACUGUGGGGAAAGUGUUGCUUGCUUGCCAUGUCAAUAUCACACCAAAGGCAGAUGCAGAUAUGGUGCUCAAUAAGGUCAUUGAUUACAUCCGCAGGGAGUAUAAUAUCAGUCAUGUCACUAUACAAAUUGAGCGCUAA